UAGCAGACAUGCUGGGAGUGUAGCAGACAUGCUGGGAGUGUAGCAGGGAGUGUAGCAGACAUGCUGGGAGUGUAGCAGACAUAUAGGAGCUUUGGCAGAGCAUGCGGAGCAAAGGAGAAUUUAAGCUUCCCGGUGGUAAAAAUGAGAGAGAGUGGGCCAGGCACAGCUAUGUGCAGCUCAGUGUUCUUCAUGAAAUACUCUGUUUAGUGAAAGAAUUAUCUCAUCGUUUGAAAGCACUCAAGAUCAAUGUUCAGAAUCAGCAGAAUCCACCAAGAGUUGACCAAUCAUUCAUUCUCAAGAUGUGUUUUGCAGGCGCUUUCUUCCCACAUUAUUUCAAACGCAACAUUCCAGUAGACUAUGAGCGAGAAAUGUGUCGAGAAUUAAGUGGACUUGAUCCUUUUACUACAGUUGUUGUGAGAGGCCUGCCUGCAGACACUAACAUUCUCUAUGACCCUCAACUCAGGGACCUGUUUAAGGAGUGUUCACAAAAUCUUGUAAUCAAAUAUGAGGGGAACAAGGCAUAUCUUCAGUUUGGACGAACAAGUGGAUCAUCAAAGAAGGAGAAGCACUUCACAGCCAUUCCUGGAGAGUGCCCAAUGGCGAUGCAUGUGGCUCUCAAAAUGCGUCAAAUACCAAAGAUCAGGCAACAACUCAUUUUAAAUCUGUACAGGUGAGGUGUUUAUUUUUGUAUGCGUUAUUGUACAAAA